UUGCCCAGGAUGAUUAAUGAAGGAAAAUAAGUACCUAUAGCAACAAACAUUAUUGGCCAGUCUAUAUAAAUGCAAGAUACAAGCUGGUGUUUGCACAAGGAGUCACGGAAUUAUCGAAGAUACCACGUUACGUGCAAGUGUUUAAAAAAUAUAAUUGGAAAAAAAGUAUAAUGGCUAACUAUCUCUGUGUGUUUUGGUCUUCUGUGUUUCUUUCAGUAGUUCUAGUUCAAGGAAAAACGAUUUUCGUAAGCAUUCCACCUGAGCAUGCGACUGAAAUUGCUGCAGCUUCGUUGGAAUGUAUACCAAAGACUGGAGUACAACCAGACAUGUUGCUAAGACUAGUAGACUGGAACUUCCAGGAGAGUGAUCGAAUAAAAAAAUUCUUAUACUGUUUCGGCACAACCUCUGGCUAUGUUGACAAAGAGGGGCACUUUUACACGGAUAAGAUGGUAAAGUUAGUUGGAAAUAACAGGUUAAAGAAUCAAUUUGAAAAUGUACUUAAGGAAUGCAACAAAUCAGUUGGAGAGAAUAAGUACGAAACCUUAUACAAAGCGUCUUUAUGUUUCCACGAUAAAACUCCAAUUUUGUUCAAAUUGUAGUGUUUUUGUGGUAAUAAAGCUUUUUUUGGAAAUUAAA